AUGAACUGGAUAAUAGACGUGCAUACGAGUUGUCUCUGUCCAAGUUCACCAUUACUCGGGACAGUAGAUAAAGAAGGCGGGCCGGCGCGGAGGCGCGUUCGAGCUCGUUCCGCUGCAACGGCCGGCGGGGGCGGUGUGGCGGGGACAAAUGCCUGCCCGCUCGCCGCGCUCGCCGCCCGCCUGCCGCGUCUGAAGUCACCAUUG